AUGUCUUUAACUCUUAAGAUCGGUUCGCUGUUUGUGCGAACACUGGCUAAGCCUGUUGCUAAUGCCAUUAAGCGCAAUGCCCACGAACACGAACGCUUCCGAAAAUACUGUGUCCGAUUCGCCCAAGGUCUUCAUCGAAUAGACAUGCGCAUGCGCCUUGGUCUCCUUCAGGACCCUGCGGUGAUAGAUCGCCAGAUUGCGAGGGAGGUUGCGGAAGCUGAGGCUAGGAGGAAGAAGUCACAAGCACCGACCGUGAAAACAGAGGCCGAAAUGAAAGCGGACGAAGCUCUCACAGCCAAGGAGAGAGAGGCAAUAAAAGAGAAGGCGAAGCAAGCCCACAAGCCGAGGAUCCGGCCACUUACGGAGGCCAAAGCUAUCGAGACGGGUGCUAAUUUCGUCUCUGAAGCAUUCGUCUUCAGUGUAGCAAUCGGCGUUAUACUGUUUGAGAGAUGGUAUUCAAGUAGGAAGGAGAAGGGUCGCCGCAAUGAAGUGCAGGAGGAGCUUGAUGCCAUGAAGGCUGAGAUGACUACUCUUCGCGCCCAGGUGAAGGAAGUCGCAGCGGCACAUAUCCCAGAGCCUACGUCAAGCACACUGCUUGGGUUCUUCAAGGCAAAGCCUGAAAAUGGGGCUGUGGACGGAAAGACAACAGUGUUCUCGAAGGCGGAUUCUAAGCCUCUGCAACAUGAGAUCGAGUCAAUAAAAGCAGAGAUCACCACACUUCGCACGCAACUGGACGAAGUAGGGACACACAUACAACAGCACACACCCAAGCUGCUUGAAUUUUGGACAACCAAGCCUGAAAACCAUGCGGAGGCCACUGUAGACGCGAAAACGACAGGAGAGCCUUCAAGCACAGAAACUAAGCCUCCCACGGAGCCAACUACGAGCCCAAACCAAACAUAA